AUGGCAUCAAACAAGGACAUGCGACGAGCGGAUCUCGGUGAGUUGAUCGAAGCUGGAAGGAAUUUUGUCCUGAUCGCUCACGAGUCGGUUGAGCUAAUCUCGAGUCACGCCGCAGCCAUCCCCUAUGUCGAUCCCCCAAAGAGCGCCAACGAUGCCGACAUGUCCAGUACCAUGUCGAGCACAUUGCCAAUGGCGGCGAUGUUCAUGCGCAACAGAAUGAUCGGCUGGGUUUCUUUCGUCUUUUCACUUCAGUCCUGGCUCGGCGAGUCCUCCGAACAGAAGAAGACUGCCGCGACUCCAGCAUAUAUGUCGGUCUUCAUGUCCUUGAUGGCCCUUGCUGUCACCUAUUUCCCCCUGUUCCUGCCUCCUCAGGCUGCCCAGGGUACCGCCGCCAGCCCCCCUGCUCCUUCGCCCUCGCCCUGA